GCGGAGAAGGAGAGUCAGGACCUGCGCAUUCUCCCCAUCCUUUUCGAUGCAGCCGAGGAGAGGUGGCGCACCUUGGCUGAGGCCCUUCCCCUCUACGAGGAGGUGGACUUUGACGACUUCCCCCUGCAGGGCCCGCGCACGGUCUACCGGGACGUGCGCCAGUUGCGACGACAAGGGAUGAGCUGGGUGCAGCAUCAUGAAUCUUGGCUUAAAAAGAGUGGAGUCAGGGUCACUGACCGCAGCGUCCACGAGCACUCCUCGAUUUGUCGUGUCUUGGACUACAUGUCUUCGUAUGACCAGCUCAAUAUCCCUUCCUUGGCAUGCGCGGAGGCUUUGAACCGCAGGCGGGCGUUGAUAGAGGUUGCGCAUCAAGGCCGUCCGGAAGCUCCAUCGUAUGAAGGAGCUGAUGAAAUACUUGGUGUCCGAGACACAUCGGACGGCUCUGUCAUCGACCCAGCCCUCACACAACACGCGGCUCGCCGACAAGCUGCAAAGGCUGAGAUCUUGAAGCAAAACAGGCUCGCUGCCGAUGAGAAGAAACAGGCGCUACGUCGAGGAGAUUUGUCUGGGAAUGGCGACAAGGAAAAGCCGGGCAAGGGGCCCGGGAAGGGAGACAAGGGCGCCAACCAUGUGGUCGGGACAUCUUUUAGCGUCAAUCAAUUUUCCAAGAAGCCAGUGGAUCGCUUUGGGGAUUUGCUCCCGCUGCCACUUCCUGAGGACACUGGCUACCCAGGCGAGCUCAGAUUUCUUCGUUCACGCAGAUCGCGCCAGAGGGUUGCAGCCCGACGGUGCCAUAUGCAGCGGGAGGUUGAUACGAUUAAGGCUCUGAACUCUUUGGGUGGUUUUCCGGAUGAGUCGCAGUGGCCCGCGACUUGUCUAAAUCAGGCACAGAGGGCCUCACUUGCACGGGUGCGGCUGGCGCAUCAGACUCGAGCUCCCGCACCAGAAUUAACAUCACCGCAAGCAGCGCUCAGGCAGCUGCUGCAGAAGGCUGGGUCCUCUUACGGGGAGGGGCAGCCAGGGCAACUUGUGAGUUACAUCCGGGAUAAGCUUUCUUUGCCGAGGGAUCAACUGGAACCUGUCAUGCUUAGUGAUUUGCUGCCGCCUGCCGAAGCUGGGAUGCUGAAGGACUUCAGGGAGGAGAUGAUGUUGUCCAGCGAAGAGAUUGCCGGGGUCCUGGAGAGGGGGCUCGAACGGGAUCUUUACAUCGACCCGUUACUGGACACUAACCCCUUGAAGUAUCACGAGCUGAUUGCGGACAUGUACGGGGCAAAACUCCUGAGCUUCACCACUCAACCUAAGGUUCAGGUGGGGCUCUUCUUCGUGAGCAAGAAGGCCGGGAAGCAGAGAAUUAUAGUUGACGCACGCCGUGCCAACAAGCUUUUCAAAAAGCCCCCGUCGACGACUCUGGGGUCUGUGGAGGCUUGGACCCGCCUCGAGUGUUUCGAGGAGGUGUUCUUCGCCCAAGAGGACGUCAAGGACUUUUUCUACAGACUCCAGAUUCCGAAAGAUUUAGGAGAAUACUUUGCAUUGCCAGCCAUCGACCCAGAGUUGUUAAAGAAUGUCAUGGGGUAUGUGCCCGAGGAGGUUCUGGAGCUGGCUGCAAACGACGAG